UGGUCAUCUUGACAGGACUAAACUAGAUUAUCACUAGAGUACACUAGACUGAAAAAGGGUUAAGUUUUUUGGUGUAAACAAAAAAGCGAGAGUUAUGCCUGUCUAGAUUUAUUGUUCGAAGGUUGUUCGUAUGAUGUUGCGCGCCGCCGCGAAUUCGUGAUUCUACGGACUGGUGCGAGGGGAAAUAAACACAGGUAGAGCGAAGUGGAGUGGUGUGACAAUAGCGCGGGUACAACAAUGUCGUCGGCGAGUAAAAAGGCCAAGGAGAUAGAAGAUCCAGGUUCGGGUGAAGGAGUUGAAGUUCGAGAUUAUGACAUCGAAAUACAGAAGACACUCGAAGAAAUAGAUGGAUGUCAGAAUCAAAUCGAUGGCUUGAACGAGAAGGCCAGUGACGAGAUUCUCGAAGUCGAGAAAAAGUAUAAUAAGUUGCGUAAACCUUAUUUCCAAAAACGAAAUGAUAUUAUCAAAAGGAUACCUAAUUUUUGGGUAACUGCUUUUGUAAACAAUAAAGAAAUAGCUGAAAUAUUGGAAGAAGAUGAAGAAGAUGCAUUACGGUUUUUGAACAAAUUAGAAGUUGAGGAAUUCGAAGACAUUAAAUCUGGUUACAGAAUUAAUUUUCACUUUGAUGAGAAUCCAUAUUUUGAAAAUGAAGUUCUUACUAAAGAGUUUCAUCUAGGCUCCUCUGGAGAUCCAGCAUCCCAAAGUACGCCUAUUCGUUGGAAAGAAGGGGCAGAUUUAACGAAACGUGCAAAAACAAAAACACCUUUAAAAGGUCGUAAGAGGCCACUCAAACAUAGAUCAUUCUUUGAUUGGUUCACGGAUCAUGGUGACCCUAGUUCAGAUGAAAUAGCUGAAUUAAUCAAAGAUGACAUGUGGCCUAAUCCUUUGCAGUAUUACCUAGCUCCAGAUAUCGAUAUUGAAAAUGGUGUUGAGGGUGAUGGUGAAGAUUGUGAAACAGAAGAAGAGGAAGAAGAGGAGGAUGGAGGUGGAGAUGAUGGCGAUGAAGGAGGUGAAGGAGAAGAGGGAGAUGAUAGUAUAGUUGUAGUAGAAGAUGAUGUAGAUGAAGAAGAUGAAGAAGAGGAGGCUGUGAACGAUGAAGAUGAUGGUGUAAAUGAAGAGGAUGACUUGCUCGUAGAUGAUGAAGUGGAUCGUGAAGAUGGUGAUGGAGAAGAACCAGAAUAGAAUUAAAAUGUGGACUCUGUAAUCAGUCGCCAUUGCUGAAAUUGUGAAAGCAUCAAGGAACUUGAAUCCUCGAUUGAUCGAGAACAGAGAAAGUUUACCGAACUAAAAACAUUGAGCCAUAUGAAUAGAUCUUAGGAAAAUAAUGUUUGAGAAUAUAAAUAGAGAAAUUAAUUUCGCGCACAAAAGUUCUCUUUGGGUACGUGCGUCAGAGCAAUAUGGCACUCAUAGUAGUGUAUCGAAAGUGACUUAGAGAUAAUGCAGUUUGAGUUCCCUCCAUGCGCCAUGUCAAAACAAUUUUGGGUGUUUGGUUCCUAAGCUAUAUUCAUAUGGCCUAGUCAUUCCCCGAAUAUUAGAUAUAAAACAGAGGACACCUGCUUGGGUCUAUAAUAUUACCAUUAUAUUAUUAAGUUAAGUUAUAUAUAAAAGGUAAAUGAAGAUGUCAAGCAGGCGUUCUACUUGUUCUGUUUCCCAUCAAAAUCUAUUUCCUGAACAUUACCCUUCAAUGAGGGAUGUCAGGUAUCAUUUUUGAGAGCGGCGAGAAUAAAUAUAGCUGCGGAUGUAAAAUGCAAUGAAGGUUUUAUCUUUCGUAAGUUUUCGUAAGAGAAAAUAAUGCUUUUACAUUAUUCUUUCUCAUCAAUACAUAUUUGUAACUUUUUUAUUACUAUAUGAAGUAUAUAAAAAGAAUCGAUUUAUUAAAAAAAAUAUUCAGUUUCCUAUCAAUGAUAAACAAGAGAUAAUAUUAAGUUUAUAGUUUGUGUGUGUUCUAUUAUAUAGAAAAUAUAAGUAUAGUAAAAUCUAUAAAAUAUAGGAUGAGAAUGAAUCGUGACAUAUAAUCUUUUUUUGAUUUACUUAUUUUUUAUUAUUUGUAAUAUUUUUUAAAGAAUAUUCAAUAAAGUACAAUAUAUUGCACUAUUUUAUUACAUGAGAUACAAAGGAAGUACUUGGAAAACGAAGAGUAAAAUCUUCAUUGCCAUACACAUCUAUCAUUUUAUUGAAACACGUGUAAAAUUUUAUUAUUCAACCUGAUGCUUUUAUAUCGAUCUUCGCGUUAUUGGCUCAACUAUCACAAUUGAUAUCUCUUUAAAAGCAUUAUGUUGCAUGGACAAAUUGUUGGAAUAGCCUUGAUUAUAUAUUGGUUUUUAAAAUGUAAAUAGUCUAUUCAAACAAAACAGAUCCAUUUUUAUUCCGACGAUUCCAUGUAAAGUCUAUAAUUUGAUAUGAUUAUAAAUUGAACAUUUUAA